GCCGCGCCAUUUAAGGUGGAACGGAAAAUUCGAAAAGAAGCGGGACAAAAAGCUGCUAACUUCAGACCCACCAUGUUGCCUCUUUGGCUUCUCCUGCCUCCUAGCUUGACUAUUUUGUCCAGCGGCUUUGCAGAGGAAGGCCUGGAGUUCCCUAGCUUUGACGGCAAAGACCGGGUGCUGGACAUCAAUGAGAGGAACUACAAGAAGGCACUGAAGAAGUAUGAUAUGCUGUGCCUGCUCUACCACGAACGCCUUCCGUCUGACAGGGAGCUCCAGCAGCAGUUUCACAUGAGGGAGAUGGUGCUGGAGCUCGCUGCCCAAAUCCUUGAAGACAGAGACAUUGGCUUUGGAAUGGUAGAUUCUCAUAAGGAUGCCAAGGUGGCCAAGAAGCUUGGUUUGGAGGAAGAGGGCAGCAUUUAUGUCUUUAAGGACGAGCGUGUGAUUGAGUUUGAUGGAGAGCUCUCUGCAGACACGCUGGUGGAGUUCCUGCUAGAUCUGCUGGAGGACGCAGUGGAGCUGAUUAGUAACCCCAUGGAGCUGCGGGCCUUUGAGAGAAUGGAUGAAGAUAUCCGCCUCAUUGGCUACUUCAAGGGCAGAGAGUCAGAACACUACAAGGCCUUUCAGGGAGCUGCAGAGCGAUUUCAGCCAUACGUGAAGUUUUUUGCCACCUUUGACAAAGGGGUGGCGAAGCAGCUGACUCUUAAGAUGAAUGAAGUGGACUUUUAUGAGCCCUUCAUGGACGAGCCCAUCACCAUACCCAGCAAACCCAACUCAGAGGAUGAGAUAGUGGACUUUGUCAGUCGGCACCGAAGGCCAACCCUGAGGAAGCUGCGUGCAGAGGAUAUGUUCGAGACUUGGGAGGAUGACAUGGACGGGAUCCACAUUGUGGCUUUUGCUGAGGAGGAGGACCCAGAUGGAUAUGAAUUCCUGGAGAUCUUGAAAGAGGUGGCGAGAGACAACACCAAGAACCCUGAUCUGAGCAUAGUGUGGAUCGACCCUGACGACUUCCCCUUGCUGACCGCCUACUGGGAGAAGACCUUUAAAGUGGACCUGUUCAGGCCUCAGAUCGGUGUGGUCAACGUGACAGAUGCGGACAGUGUGUGGUUGAACAUGCCCAACGAUGAAGCUCUGCCCACAGCUGAAGAGCUGGAGGACUGGAUUGAGGACGUUCUCUCAGGGAAGGUCAACACUGAGGAUGACGAUGUUGAUGAUGAUGAUGACGAUGACGAUGAUGACAAUGAUAUUGAUGAUGAUGACAGCGACGAUGACGACAGGGAUGAUGAUGAUGAUGAUGACGAUGAUGACUGAUUGGUGGAGGUGUAGAACAUCUAAAAACUAAUGAUUUAACCCUUUUUUACAUAUUAUGCAGUAUUUAGCAUAUGUGUCAAUAAUAAUAUGAUUCCAUUGGUGCUUUUAGAAAAAGUGAAACUCAUUGGAUCAACUGGUUCAUAAAGAUGUCAUCUGAAUUAUGUGUUUCAGUAGAAUAUCCUCCACACAUUUCUGUAGGAAUUCAUUCAUUGUAGCAACUCGGUGGGCAAGACGUAGCAGAUCCUGUAUUUGUUCUGAGAUGGUAAAAGUAAUGGUAAUUAAACUCUGGACUCUGUGGUGACA